AUGUUUGCAGAAAAUCAUGUCAAGAUAGCCAGUUUGAUUGGGAGAGCCAAGGAGAAGAUUGAGACAAUGAUGCACCAUGAGAAGUCGCCGAAGAAUCAUGAUAAAGAAACACACGAGAAGUCACCAAAGCAUCAUACCAAAGAAACUCACGGAAGGAGUGAUGACAUUGACGAGAGUAUCCCAAUCAAUCAUGUUAAGGGUCCGAAUGUUUUUGAAAGAGCAAAGGAGGAAUUUGAGGCCAUUGUCGAAGCGAUCCAUCCCAAGAAAGAAGAGAAAAAUCCGGUUUCCACACCUAAGAAGGAAGGUGGGUUUGGGGCGUCAAUAGGAAGAGGUUUGGAGAAGGUGUGCUCCCCUCAUGGAAACAAAGAUUAG